CUGAGUUUGCCAGUGCUAAAGCAAAGUUCAAAAGAAGUUCCUCAGUUUGUUCUCAAAGAAAAAACUUAAAAUCAAUCUCCCAAAAUGAAGUUCACAUCAGCUUUCUUCUUCCUUGUUUGCUUCACAAUUGCCGCUGCCGUCACUGAUGAGCAGAGAAAGAAGGCCCAGGAAGUCCUUGUGUCGUGCAGCCAGGAAAAUGGUGUGACUUUGGACAAAGUUGCUCAGGUGCGAAAGGGAGACUUUGCCAGUGCUGACGAGAAGACCCAAUGCGUUGUGGACUGCUUCUUCAAGAAGGUUGGCUUCAUGAAUGCCGAAGGUGUGUUCCAGGAGAAGGUGACAACCGAUAAGCUCAGCCAGGGUGAGGCAGAUCCCAGCAAGGUUAGCCAGAUGGUGCAAAAGUGCAAAGGUGAAUCUGGAGCUGGAAAAUGCGAAACCGCCUUCAAGAUUUACAAGUGCGCCUUUGAGGCUCGUGCUGAGAUCCUGUAGAACAAUACAUCCCCACCGUUUUUAUGCCUAAAAGAGUGCUGAAGUAUUAAUUGUUUUAAUAAAAGAAAAAAAAACUACUGUUCAAUCCUAUAAAA